GCAGUAUAUCUACCCAACUGUGAAAUCUUCAGCUUGUAGCCGCCAGUCAGCUCUCUCACCUCUCGGGAGGACGCUCUCGUAUUUCUAUCUGCAUGUCUGCUCAGACAGCACUACAGUUAAAGUUGCGGCGCCGCGCGGUACGUGUAAUGCCCAAAAUUUGGAAUAAUGCGCCAGGAAACAUGACAUCAACAAGUCUUCUCGGUCUUAGAAUGUUCCUCGGCUGGCCAUAAACGGUGGUAAGACAAAUCGACACAUUUACAAGUUUACAUUAAACUCUGAUCCAAGCAUCAUAUUUCUUGCUUUAAAAUGACGUGGAUUGCAUCGGGGAAAAUAUCGAUUGAUUGGAAAAUCAUCCCAGUUUGGUCCGUGAUCAAUUUAAUUUUUGUGCCACCGUUAUCUGGUGAAAUGUACACCUCUGUGAAGAACAUGCAGCAAGUUAUUUCUGUCGAAAAAGAGCUUCUAAACCAUCUAAGGACAUACAUCGAGGAUGAAACACUACGGCUGAACGACAUAAAGAGAUUCUAUGCAAGGGUAUCCGCUUUGCACAGUGAGGUGUAUAACGGUCCGGAGACCGCGAUGGCAAACCCCUUGGUGGCUUUCACGCUGAUCAAGCGACUGCAGUCUGAGUGGAUGAACAUCGUCUACAGCAACGAGGCCAAAGAGAAUGCAGAGGCCUUCAGGGCUGGCUACGAGAAGGAGGAGAGUGGCCUGCCCAAAUCUGAGGACCUUCAGGGCGCGGCCAGGGGGUUGAUGAGGCUCCAGGACGUGUACGCGCUGCGCGUGGACGGGCUGGCCAGCGGUCACUUCCGGACGGCCUCCGGCGGGGACACCGUGGACAUCUACAGGCCAACCGUGUCCGUCCCCCUUUCUGGGGACGACUGCUUUCUGGUGGGGAAGGUGGCCUACGAGCAGGAGGACUACUACCACUCCGUGCAGUGGCUGGAGGAAGCGGUGCGUCUUUUCCGCGAGGAGGGCGGGGACUGGGUCCCCGAAAACGAGGGGACCCUAGAAGACACCCUGGACCACCUCGCCUUCUCCCACUUCAAGACAGGAAAUGUCUCCUAUGCAUUGAGCCUUUCGCGGGAGCUCCUGCGCUACGACCCCUCGAACGUAAGGGUUCUGCGCAAUGUGGAAAAGUACGAGAAGCUCCUGGUCGCGUCUCCAGCCCUGGACAGCCCCGAAAAAAUCGCGCUGCGGAGACCCAACACCACCUACCUGAGCACAAGAAACACGUACGAGUGGCUGUGUCAGACGCUCGGCUCACAGCCAAAGCACUACGAGAACCCCGGGCUCUUCUGUGACUCCUUCACCAAUGGCAGCCCGAGCCUCCUCCUGAAGCCAAUGAGAAGGGAGGUGGUGAGCGUCCGGCCGUACGUGGUCCUGUACCACAGCUUCGUCACCAGCGGCGAGGCCGAGAGCAUCAGACACCUUGCCCACCCGGGGCUGAGAAGAUCUGUUGUGGCAUCAGGAGAGAAGCAGGCCACCGCGGAGUACCGCAUCAGCAAGAGCGCCUGGUUGAAGGAGACAGCGCACCCCGUUGUCGAGAGGGUGGACCAACGAAUUGCCGCGCUGACGGGGCUGAACCUGCAACAGCCGUACGCGGAAUACCUGCAGGUGGUGAAUUAUGGGAUAGGUGGCCACUACGAGCCUCACUUUGACCACGCCACGUCUGCUUCGAGCCCUCUUUAUAGACUGAAAACCGGGAACCGUGUGGCGACGUUCAUGAUAUACCUCAGCUCUGUGGAGGCAGGUGGAUCCACAGCCUUCAUCUACGCCAAUUUCAGCAUUCCCGUCGUGGAGAACGCUGCCCUCUUCUGGUGGAACCUGCACAGGAACGGACAGGGCAACGGGGACACGCUGCACGCGGGCUGCCCCGUCCUGGUUGGGGACAAAUGGGUGGCCAACAAAUGGGUGCACGAGCACGGGCAGGAGUUCCAGCGUCGCUGCAGCCCCAACCCUGAAGAGUGAGAGGAGAGGGGAGGGGAGCGGGGCAGCUGGGCCCGUUCGGAGUACAAGAGCCAGCCUCUACAAUGGAGCAGCACAGCGCGAGAGGGGGAGUGAGGAGGAGGA